GAAUCUGUCAUGUCCUACCGCCCACCUACGAAAUGCAUCCUCACGAAGGAACAGUUGGCAGCGUUCCAAGCAUCGGACACACACAAAUCUAUAGUUGAAUAUAUCGAGACGCUCAAUGAAGCCAUCGUAGGCGUCAAGCUCACCGAUGAAUGCACCGAGUCAGAGGGCGUGAAAGCCGUUCUACAUAUCUUGGAACAGGUAGAAGCGAUUGCGAAGGAUACGCCUCCUGUUGCGAAUGCAGGUUCGCGGUUCGGCAAUCCUGCCUUCAGGACGUUCUUCGACAAAGUGGCUGAGAAAGCUGCCAACAUGCAUGCAUCUCUGCCGAAUCUCCCAUCCGAAGCCGUCCCUGAAGUAUCUGCGUACUUCAUGGAGUCUUGGGGCAACAGGACUCGUAUAGACUACGGGAGUGGUAUGGAACUAAACUUCCUAUGCUGGAUGUACUCUCUCGAGCGAUUGGGUGUAGUAGUGGAAGGCGAUCACAUCCCGUUGGUGAUCCGCGUGUUCUGGAGGUAUAUUCAGGUCAUGCGCGUGCUUCAGUCCACGUAUUGGCUUGAACCUGCUGGUUCCCAUGGUGUUUGGGGUCUCGAUGAUUACCACUUCCUUCCCUUCCUCUGGGGUUCCGCACAGCUUAGAGGGCACAAAUACAUUCGGCCAAAGGCUAUCCACGACAGUGAGGUAGUCGAGGAAUAUGCCAAGAACUACAUGUACUUUGCGUGCAUCCAGUUUAUCAACUCCGUCAAGACCGCGUCCCUGCGAUGGCAUUCUCCCAUGCUAGAUGACAUUUCCGCUGUCAAAACUUGGGACAAAGUCAACUCGGGCAUGAUCAAGAUGUACCUCGCCGAAGUCCUCGGUAAACUCCCGGUCAUCCAGCACUUCCUCUUCGGUUCUAUCUUACCGUACACCGGACCGCCUCCUCCGGUCUCCUCCGAAGUGCUCGAUCCCAAUGAUCCUCAUUACGGACAUGCGCACGCACACGACCAAGGAGGCGUGGGACAACAGGAAGUUGGCUGGGGAGAUUGCUGUGGGAUCCCCGUCCCAAGCGUGUUCGGUGCAGCCCAGGCGGAGAAAACCAGGGGUGCUGGACUGUCGGGUCCCGGUAUCCGGCCAGUGCCAUUUGACUGAUUGGGAUAACUUGCAGUACACAUAAAACGAAAGUGUAUCAUAGUGUUCCAACUGCGAUAAUACAAGUUGGCGUAUAGACCA